GUCAUUAUUAUCAAAUCAAUUAUUGUUUGUCAAAGUGUAGGUAGGUAAUAAAAAAUACAUAACCACCGGUCAAUUCAAGUACAAAUGUUUCGCACGACCACUUCGAUUUCCCGCGGUGUUUCAGCAUUCGUGAAGCAAACCUCUUGCGCGUUACACACAUCCACAAUAGCUAUGGCUCCUGUAAAGGUUGGCGAUAAGUUGCCGUCUGUGGAUCUAUUUGAAGACUCGCCGGCAAAUAAAGUAAAUAUUUGCGAUUUGACCGCUGGUAAGAAGGUGGUUCUGUUUGCGGUACCGGGAGCAUUCACACCCGGUUGCUCAAAGACGCAUUUGCCGGGCUACGUUCAGAAUGCCGAUAAAAUGAAGGCUGAUGGAGUCGGAGAAAUAGUUUGCGUUUCUGUUAACGAUCCCUACGUAAUGGCUGCCUGGGGCGCACAGCACAACACCAAGGGAAAGAUCCGCAUGCUGGCUGACCCUAGUGGAAACUUCAUUAAAGCCCUGGACCUGGGCACCAAUCUACCACCGCUGGGUGGUUUCCGCUCCAAGCGUUUCUCCAUGGUGAUUGAAGACAGUAAAGUCGAAGAUUUGAAUGUGGAGCCAGAUGGCACUGGUCUGUCUUGCUCCCUUGCAGACAAGCUUAAAUAUAAGAAGUAGAACUUUCCAGUUACUUGUAAACUUAUAAGUAAUGAUUUCAUUAAAAUCGUCUUUUUGUAAUUUUCUUGCAUAUUCAAUUGUAUUUUAAACGCAUAAUAUUUAUGUUUGCUUUUUAUUAACAUAUUCUCUAAUAUGUUAAUGCAGCAUUUUUAUAUGUCAGGUUAAUUAUUUGAUACAAAGAAAUCAACAUUUGCUAAAUAUUCUAAGGAUAAAAUUCAGGUAACUUAGUUACCUUAUUAUAUCAAAAUAUGUUUAAUUAUUGGCACUAACCCAGUGAUAUCUUUUUCUCAUGCAUUUCUUAGGUGAACUGCUUUAUAUCAAAAGAUUUAAUCUCAUAUAUGAAUAUUGUGUGGAAACACUUAGCUUUACUCUCCUUAUAGACUGUUGAAGCACUCCUUGUGAUAAUGAAAAAUAAACAUUGGUUUUAGAAAUAAAAA